GAAGGGAAAAUGACUCAAAAGAUGGACAAGCCCCAACAUACAAGGACCUACUCCUCUUUGACUUUCGUCGAGUCCCCUCAACGGAUAGUGCCUCCGACCGAAUUACCCUCUUCCUCUGAUCGUCUACCCUGGUCCCCUUGUUUCGUUCGUGCUCUGUACGAUUACGAACAAGCCGAGGCCACAGACCUAUCAUUCUUGAAAGGAGACUUGAUCGAAAUAACGAGUAUGAAGGACCCCAGUUGGUGGCAAGGAAAGCUACGGGACCAGAUUGGGGUGAUUCCUUCGAAUUUCGUGGAAGUCAUUGACCUUAGGGGUGCAUCUCCUCGGAUAGCUCAACCUGGUCCUAACGCUAUUGGGAGCCAAGUAAUACCCAAUCAAGCUAGCCCGACUACCAAGAAAGAACUUCGACUGCUGAUUCCGGGUCAAAAUGGGGAGCUCCCUUUAAAGAAGGAAUCUAAUUCGCCGAAACCUUCUCCUACCAUGCCCCAUGUGCCCUCCAGUGCUUUGAGUCCCGCUUCUGCAGCAUAUCCAACCGCUGCGAGGUGGGUUCGUGCCAGGCAUAAAUGGAGCUCGGGAAAGAAAAAUGAACUAGAGAUACAAAAAGGCGAUGUGAUCCAGGUGAUUGGCCGCCCUCAUGAACAUUGGUGGAAGGGUGUUCUUGCCAGAAAUAGCGCAACCGGUUUAUUCCCAGCUAACUUUGUGGAAGCCAUUCCCAGCGCGGCAGAACCACCAUCGCACUCAUUUUCAGUCGGUAGCCCAGUGAAUGCUCAAGUGACACGGGGUAGCGGGACACCCUCGACGCCCUCGGCAGCGAAAAAAGUAAAAGUAUCCACAAGCAACAACAAUGCCUCCGGAUCUGCACCCCCAAUCCCCGACCCUCGUCAUUGGGGAUCUCUGAGACGUAGUGUCACCACUAGUAGCAGGAGCACGGUUCUGCCACAAGUCCCAGGUUCUUCGAAUCCAUCUACAUCAUCUAAUAACAUGAAUCAACCUUCUGGCGUUCAUCGACUCCCAGUCAACUUGCCAGUCGGAAGUCGCGGCAAAGUAACAAGUCCAGUGGGAUCGCGCUAUGAAGGUCGCCUAUCUGCUAUUGAAGCUGAUAUUGCUAAGGCAAGAGACCAGUAUCCUUCCGAUGCACCAAGGAAGGAAGCCAGGACCCGUGGCCUGCCUACAGCAUUGGCGAUUUUCAGACCAGGAAAGCAGCGUAACCAACGGCCGACGAUUGAUGGCUCAGAUGAGCACAAGACUAUAUACAAGCCAGACAAAUACAACGUGAUACGCCAUGUUGUUCAUGGUAAUCACUCACCUUUACCACGUAAUACUCCCGGAGGAAGUCGUCCGUAA